UGUAAAAAUUAAAUUGUAUUUUUAACCUUUUUCAAGACAACGCAACGGAUCAUUUUUUGUUAGAGAAGUACCAAAUUGAACUCCGAUUGAAUCAGAAACCCUAGAAUUUUGUGACCGGCGAAGAAGAAGAUUGAGAGAUGAAGAGAGUUUUCGGCAUUAAGAAGGAAACACAACCUGCUCCGUCUGUUCAAGAUGCUUCCGAUAGGAUCAAUAAAAGAGGUGAGUCAGUGGAAGAGAAAAUCAAGAAGCUUGAUGCUGAACUUGCAAGGUACAAGGAACAGCUAAAGAAGACUCGACCAGGUCCAGCUCAGGAGGCAGUAAAAGCUCGAGCUAUGAGAGUGUUGAAGCAAAAGAGAAUGUAUGAAGGUCAGCGAGACAUGCUCUACAAUCAGACAUACAACUUAGACCAAGUCUCAUUUGCUGCUGAGGGGAUCAAAGAUGCUCAGCAAACAAUGGCAGCAAUGAAGUCAGCUAACAAAGAAUUAAAAGGAAUGAUGAAAACUGUGAGCAUUCAAGACGUAGAUAACCUACAAGAUGAAAUGACAGACCUGAUGGAUGUAAGCAAUGAAAUUCAAGAGACUCUUGGUAGAAGCUACGGUGUGCCUGAUGACGUUGAUGAAGAAGAGCUCAUGGGCGAGCUUGAUGCUCUGGAAGCGGACAUGGAGUUUGAAGAAGGUGUUCCUUCAUACCUACAACCUGACAAGGAACCAGAUCUGGAUUCAGAGCUUAACAUGCCAUCAGCACCAAUGGGACACGCGUCAAUGCCAGCUGGUAGAGCUAAUCCUCAGGCUGAAGAUGAACUAGGCUUACCUGCUGUCCCUCGGGCAUCACUUCGCGGUUAAGAGUGUUUUGGGGUUGAAACAUUAUGUGCAGAGAGUUUUGGUUUCUUAAACCUUGAUGAUGCUAAUUACUACUUCCAGAGAAGUAAGGUUGAUUUGUAACAAUAAUGAAUCGAUUUUUUAUUAAUGAUUUGUAUGCUCAUUAUAGAAUCUUAUUAUCUUAUUAUAUCAAUGAAGAUAUAAAUCAUGUUCACCUUUC